AUGCUAUGUUCGAAUGCCAAAUUCAUAUUAUAUGAUGCAUUGAAAUCCCCCAAACUUAAAAAUAUGCCUAUCAAAUUGACAACCAUAGAUAUUAUGGACCCUAAGAACCAAGAAGCAUUUGACAAAUACUGCUAUGAUGUGCCCGUGUUGCAUGUUGACAGACCAAAUCAGGCCAAACCAGUUAAAUUUAUGCACUACUUUUACGAGGAUAAAUUGCUAGAGGAGUUUACAAAAUAG